AUGCAUCUACAUCUUUUUGUUCUUCUGUGGUCAUUAUUGUUUCAAGGAGCCAUCUCUAUUCCUGUCAUUGUCUCCUUGACGUCCAGAGCAAACAAGUGCUACGAAGACUCUUCAAAGGUUCUCAAACCCGAUAUGACCUGCGAUCAGCUGCCUGAAAAUACCUGUUUCUACACCGUCACCACCUUCUUAAAGCCCGAGUCAGCAACCACCUCGAUCACGGAUUGGAAUUGUAUUUCAUAUGGCGAGGAUCAUUUUGUCUUCAACAGGAAAAAAGCUUUGUUCGGUAUGGACGCUGGUCCCAUAGAAGUCAAGGGUCGUAUUUGGGUUGUCUCAAAUCUCACUCGUUUGAAUGCACCAGAGUCGAAUAUCGGUAUUAGUAGUUGGUACACUGGGACUUGUAGCUUCCCGCAACUGAAGUGGCAGGGAAAGAAAUAUCUAGUGUACUUGUCAGAGAGUGUUGAAGAUGCCUUGUUGAGUCUCAUACCUCUCGCAGUCAAAAGCCAUGUUUAUCGGAUCCAAAUACCAUGCUGA